UAUAUUUUAAAGCAGUAUAGAAUGACAAUUCGGAAGCUCAGUCUAUUUUUAGUUGGAAAAAGUACAGAACUUAUCUUUGUUCUUAACAUAAUUAGGUACGUAACUUUAGCUACAGAAAUAAAUAGGUAAAAGCAAAGCCAUGGUCAUCUCUUUCCUCUUCAUCCUCCUCCUCGAACCAUUCUCUACCACCAACACCACCGUCUAUCCCACCAACCCCGGCACCACUGACACCUUCAUUGCCGCUUCCGGAACAGACAACUUAAUCCUAGUACGACGUGAAGUCUAUGGAGACGGUAGAAUCUUUGACAUUAGUCACACUUACACAGGCCACAUGUCGUCUUAUGGGUCAGAGAAUGGACUAGGAGAACAGUUCCUGCGCCUCCCAACAAGCAUGAAGAAUGGUUCUUUCGCCAACAUAUGUGAAGUUCUCUAUCCACACUGGCACGCAUGUGUCCUGGGCUAUUGAUUGAUGUGCCAAGAGAAAUCAACAUAACCGCUGAAGUUAUGGAGCCACUACAUAUUCCAAAGGGAAUGCGUCGUGCGCUUUUCAGAACACUGAAUACUGACAGGCGGCUUAUGUUAAAAAAUCAGUCUGACACAAGCUGUACUGUUGGAUUCACAAAUGAUGAGGCAAAAUGGUUAGUAGAGAACACUGACAUCAAGCUUGUGGGAAUUGAUUACUUAUCUGUUGGUGCCUGGAGUGACAUGAUCCUAUUUCAUCUUAUUUUCUUGAAUGUAGGGAAAUCAUCAUAGUGGAAGGUCUAAAACUUUGACAAUAUCUUACCUGGAAUUUAUUCUAUCCAUUGCUUACCUUUGAGGCUGCUUGGAGCUGAGGUAUCUCCAGCAAGAUGUAUCCUUAUAAAAUGAUGUAUAUAUACACAUAGUAUUUUGUUGUACUAUAUAUAGUUAAAGCAAGAUUAAUAUUUAGAUUUUAAAAUUGCCAUAA